GUUAGGGGUUAUAGUGUUCCAGUGGAGGAGGAACCAACGCAGAGAACUCAUCGUCGAAAGAAGAAAGUUAACAAGGGACGAUGGACGAAAGAAGAGGUUUGUGUAUAAGCUUACGUAUCUGCCAUUAGUACACACGUAAAUAUUCUCCUGUUUCCGGGAUUCUCUUGUUUUUCAAGUAGAAAUGUUAAAGCAAUUUCAGGAACCUAACGUUUUUAACGCGAAAGAUUUCGCGUAGGAUUGUCUUAGCCCUCGCGUCGAGUCUCGGCUCUGAAUAAAGUUGUCAGGGGCUAUGUAUGCAAAAAUUGGCCAACGUUUUCUUUAAUUCAUUCAUAACAGUUUGUUUUGGUGACGAUUGUUUUUCCCAAAUUUCGUCGUAUUUGGCUUUUUGAAAAGGCAAAUGCAUCCUUAAGCGGCUUCUUAAACGUUUAGACUUUUAAAGGCGUGUUUGGUGUGCUCUUAUCUAAAGUUUUGAACAAAGCUUCUGCUUUUGUGUAACCAAGCGUGUGGUGAGCUUCAUUUUAAAUCUCGAAUGUCCGUUGAAAAGGAUCGUAUUACUGCAUUGAAUAUUGGUUCUUAUACCCUUGUCCUUUCUCAGCGAAAUUUUUAAACAGUUCCAUCGCUUAUUUCUAAGCUUUAUUCAGCUGUUUGAAUUCGGGAUUUUCCAAGAUUGUUCGUUCUCGAAGUAAAAGCUGUAAAUUCGGGAAAAUGAAAGUUGUACACUAUCCGUAAUGAAGGCAAAUUUAUGUGUAUGAAACGGACUAAAGCAAAUGAGCUUUGUGCCGAAAUCGGCAGUGAGGGCGUGUUAUGCUACAAAAUUUUACCCCAGCUUGCAGCCAGUGUAGCAUUUGUAAAACACCUUGAAGAUCAUUCAUAUAAAUUACAGUUUUUUGUCCUCGAGCAAGACAUAUUGGAGGGUCAUGUUGUGGAACCUCUCAGCUAUGUCAGCCGAGACUGCUAUUUUGCAUGUGUAUGCCAAUAUUCUCAUUUUAUGCCAGUUUAAAUAACCGGCGUGCCUUCUGGCGGCGUCUUUUUUGAUUACCCCGUUAUUUUGUCUUCGUUAUCCUGCUAUUAGAUGUUUUUAAUGCAGUGACUAGUUAACCUACGAUGUGGCCCGGUGUUGUACAUAUUUCUUGUACUUAGGACGGCGUCUUAAUUCUGGUGAAUAUUCUUUGUGCAUUUGUGCUGCAUACUGAUGAAAUGAUAAGUCGUAAUUUAAUCUUUUACGUGCUGUACUCGGUUAAAAUGUCAGUUUUUUAUGUGCAGUUUUAUUUGAUUCCAUAUUUUAGCCUUUUUAUUUCUCUAUUUUUUAUUUUUUAUUUGUUGUUGUUACAAGUGAGAUUAUCCUUUGCUUAUUUUCCAGAGUUUUCAUUAAGCUCUAAAGUAGACAGCUAUGAUGUAAAAGUAGGCAGCUUGGUAACUGAGUGCUGCAGGCAAUUUCAGGCUGUCAUUCUCUCUAUUUACCCUAUUCCCCCGAAAAGUAGACGGCUCAAACCUCCAGGUGGCCAGUUUUUUAGCUGACUGCCGGCACUUAAUGAGAACCCUGUUUUCUACCUCAUGCACAAGUACAUCAUGCAUACUUAGAAAUCAGAAAACUGAAGGAUUGCUCUUAUUAGCAUAAUUUGCCAUAUUCAACUCCAAAUUUAUAUGUUGCUGUUAGAUGUCAUUUACAAGGUGAUUAGAUGCUGAUGCAUAAUUAUCUUGGCAGGUAUGACAGCUCUCGGAAACAGAUCUGGCUACAUGUUUUGUUAACCUGUACAUGUAUGUGUAACAAUGAACAACUUUGCACUGCAUACUACUGAUCUUGCAUUCUGCAUUGCAAGCAGUACUUUUCAUGCAGUUUCAACUAAAUUCUUGCAAUAUGUGUUUUUAUUUUAUUCAAAAUCAAUGUUUAUUUUUAAGCUUGAUAAAGUAUUACAGCAGGGUUGUGUUAAUGCUGCAGAAGAAUACAGUACCAGUUUAGACAGAAAACCUGCACGUGUUAAUUCAGAGUUUUAAAAUUUGUCGCAUUUCCGAAAAACUGUCCAAUAGCAAGACACAAAUGCAAAAUGACUUGACAUCUGAAGCCAAGCUGUAAAAACAUGUGAAGCCCCUGCGGGCAUCCCCCAGCCUCCCUGCACACCAGCCCUGGGAAAUACCGCUGGCCAGCAUUGUUUUGUGUUUAACUUAGCCUAAAUUCCAUUUAGCCACAUUCAAAAUGUUAAAGCAGAGUUUCAUUUCAAUUCCGCUGAAACGACAACUUUGCUUCUACAAAAUCUUGGUUUGCAGAUUCUAUAAUUAGCUUUUCCAUGAGACUACUUGUAAUAGAUUGAUAUUCUAUUCCUUAACACUCUUUUCUCAGAUGCAUCAGCUAUCAGCAUAGCUGAUUGCAUUUUAGACCCUGUUUUGAUUUGGCCCUGGGGCCUGUUUCUUGAAAGUCCCGGUAACUGUUUGGCCCCCGAAAGCUGUUUUGCAUUUGCCAUGCUUGCAUUUAAGUUCAAAGAUGCAAUAAUUUUGAAAACGAUACGAUGAAACUAUCAGUUAAGGAAGCAUAAUUGACUGGUUUGUGCACUAGGAACUCAGUGUUCUCCCUAAAUUUUAGCUCAGCAGGUAAGGGACCAUUCAUCGCCGGUAAGGCAAAAAAUGUACCGGAGCUGCACUUUCCUGGGGGAGGGGAGAAGGGGAGUGAGGGACAUGGCUUCAAACUUGCUGUGAAAUUUAGGAGCCAAGCUCUCUGAAACGUAGUUCCCUCAUUUUAAGACCUAUUUUACGCAAAUCAGUCGUUGUUAUCUUUAGACAACAAUUUAAAACGUUUGAUUCCAAUAAUGUCUUCAAUGCUCUCUCUCCAAAAUGUGUGGCCCAUAAAAAGAAAAGCUGUGUAUACUUUAGUACAAGACAAGAUGAUUUAUUAAACUCAGCUCAGUUUUACAUGACAUAAAGGUUAAAUUUACGUAGGCAACUAAACACAGUACAACUAAGGAAUAAAAGAAAAAUUGCACCAAAAAAAUAGAGAGUGAGUUGGGAUCAUCCAAAUAGCAAGGGCUAAUCUAGUGGAUGACCCCUGCAAUAAAAUACAAUUUACAGACAGAAGUAAGAAUAUAUAUAUCUUUUUUUCAUAAAAAGUAUUUCUUCAUGCACUAAGGCAGAUAAUUAAUUAGAAAGAUAAUUGGGGAUGGAGUUCUUAAGGGUUUUACGAAAUAUUUUAAGAGAAUUUGAAUUAGUUAUACCUUUUAGGAAAGGAGUUCCAAAGGCGAGGACUAGUGAGUUUUAGGAAGCAUAAGCCAUAUUAAGUGGUAUUAACUGAGGCUACAUAAAGAUUUCUAUUACAUGAUUUCCUCGUUGAAUAGGAAUGAACAGAAGAAGUAAAUUUGAAAUGUUCACUGAAACAGGGGGGUAACAGUCUGGGUGACCAUAGCCUGCGAGCAAGCUCUUCUAUCUGGGCAAGCGAAGCGAGCCUCGUGAGAACGCACGAGCGAGCGGCCGAGGAAAGGAGAGCUUGCAACGAUGUCUCAUAAAUUUUCAUUUCCACCCCGGAAACCCCGGGACUCCGCAAAGCGUGAAAACUGUCACUGCAAACGUGCCGCAGAUUAGAAAAGUGACAACCGCGUGCCAAGUAAGUUUAGACAGUCGAGGGCGCGUAGAAUUAUUUAUUUAUAAAUCGCUUUCGCAACAGCAUCAAAGCAAUGCUUUUAAUCACUGAUAUGUUUUUUUUUCAUUUGUACAUCGAACUUCAACCUGUCCUCUCAGGGUUCUCAAUAGAUUUUUAAGUAGGAGGUGAUCACUGAUAAAGUAGGAGGCUCUUCGGCGAAGCCAGAGGUGUCAAAACAAAGCAAAGAAAAGCGACUUAAACACAAAGUAAGCGGCUAUAAAUCCCAAAGUAAGCGGCGAUCAAUCGCCGGGUGCCGCCUUCUAUUGAGAACCCUGUCCUCUCGGAUAAGAACUACUUUGAUUCUCGUUCUGUUUACUUUUGAAAAGUCAUCCAUACUGCAGUGUGGAAGACUACUCCCCAUCGCAAUCACCAACAAAAACAUCAUAUAUUUGUCCUUCUGGAACUGGAGAAUAGCGUUUUCCUGCACUUGGUUCUCUUAAGUUUUAUUCCAGUUGCUUCCAACUCUUUCUCUUUUCCUUCUUUACGGUCAAGCUACACAGCUACACUGUCAAGUACAUGUUUCUGAAUUUUUCUACCUGGUAGAAUUCAAUCAGGCGAAGAAACCGAUGUUGGAAGACAGUGCUUGAAUCACUCUUCACUUUCACUCUCCCAGUUUUCAGAACUAAACAAGGCGCUUGACACAAAUGAAUACAACUGAUGAAGGGUUUUCACAAGAACUUACAAAACUUACUCGGUGCGACUUAUCCUCAGCUCGCCAUAUUCUCUUUGCGAGAAUUACAUCAAAUGAGCCCGUCUGCAUUGAGGGCUGAAACAAGUUCUUGGUACCAAUCUGAUCCCCCUGAGAACCAAAUUUGACACACAGACGAAGCGGGUGCCAGCUUGGCCUAUUAUCAAUCAACUUGAAGAAAACAACGUGAAGGGAAAUGAAAAUUGCUUUGAGUUAGUGGCAGGUUCGAGUUUUAGAGGGUUCAAGUUACCAGGAGUCAACUGUAGUUUGCACAAUUUGAUUUUUUGUUUUAAACAAUCAUUAAAAUUAAUGCAAACAAUAUGUUUUGAAAAUGACUUUAUUUAUCCUUGAAUGGAGAUUGUACCAACCCAAAGGUGCUCUAUGAACCACUGAGUUUUUAGGCAAUGCCAUUUAGGAAAUGAUUUACUUAGGGUUGCGUCUGUUAAGUAAGUCCCCCUGUCCAAUAAGCCCUCCCUCCCUCAAAAUUUUCCAAAAAAAUGAGCCCCCCAACCUUGGAGAACAAUCAAUUAAAGCAAGUGGAAUCUAAAAUUUGUUUCAGGAUGACAAGCUGAAGGAGCUGGUAGAUGAAAUUGGAACAGAUAGCUGGAAAGAAGUAGCAAGCCAUUUUUCUGAUCGUACUGAUGUACAGUGUCUGCACAGAUGGCAAAAAGUACUCAAUCCAGAGCUUGUGAAAGGACCCUGGACAAAAGAGGUGAGACGGGAAACAUCAAUGCUUGUUACUAACCAAGUUUGAAGUCCCCAAGUUGUAUAUUUUCGAUCAAGAACUCCCCCCGCCCCCGCCCCCCUUAAUUUAUGGUCCAGGCACAAAGCAUGUGGGCCAUGAAUAAGAGAAAACAAGAAUCUGCAAUUUACAGCAUGUACUGAGAAGGCAAGGGUAUGUUAUUAGCUUAUUGGCCAUUUCAGAUUUGCGUAGAGAAGUGGGACAAGUUUCAAAUUUAAACUAAUUGAUAAACUGACACCACCAUAUAAAAGGUCAUGUUGGUCAGUUAAAGUUUAAGAUCCAACUAAAGAAGUAUACUCACUUGAAAUGUUCACUACAGAUCUUGGGCGCGAUCCAUUCAACCAAACUUUCCGGAAAUUUCGGUCCAACACUCAAUGGAUCGGUUCGGUCCAACCGGAAAAGUUUCGAAAAAACGGGUCCACCUUUUGAGGUGGUCCUCUUUUCCCGGUCGGACCGGUUGGAAUUUUGGUUGAAUGGAUCGCGCCUCUUGUCUUUUCAUUAAGAGAUUCUGGCCUCAUCAUCAGUUUGAACAGUGAAAUUGUCACUAAAAGACUACAUUCUAAUUGUAUGUAAACUAUUGGAGUCAUACAUUUUUUUCUUGGCACUGGAAGCCAUAACAAGCCCUGUUGUUAACUGUAAAACAUCUUUCACACGUGCUUCAUCAGUAAUGGCAGUGCAGUGCACUUUGGGAACGAUUCAAGAUGGUGGAUGAUAGAAAAACACGAAUGUUUUAUAAUAUUAAUAAUAUUGCUCUACUAGUUAAGAAUCUGAGUGGAAAAAUACUAUAUUUGUUUAUUUUGAUCCCUCAGUCUGAAUAUAUCAGGAUAUGACACUGAGAAACCAUUUUUCAGUUCCGUUAUUUUAAGAUCACGGUAACGACACGGUACCGGAAACGAACGUUACCGUGUAAUCCUAGGGCUUGUAAAGGGUCAAUAAAGUUACUGAUCAUUUUAAUUUGGCUCCUAGAAAUGUGGCUUGGGCUCCUAACUUUUUAUUUUAGGAGCCCGAAGGGCUCCCAAAAAAUGUUCUUAAUUAGGCAACAGCCUUGAAAAGCAUCUUACCAGUGGGAGUGAUAACUUCUAGAUACAGAAACUGCAGGUUUUUUGACUUGUUAUUUCAUCUUCAGGAGGAUGAUAAAGUGGUUGAACUGGUGCACAAGUAUGGUGCUAAAAGGUGGUCCCUCAUUGCUCAGCACUUGAAAGGACGGAUUGGUAAACAGUGUAGAGAAAGGUAUAUGUAAUGCGUCUGCAUACAGUAUGAUAAUAGCCAUCAGAGUAUACUAUAAAAAUGAAUUAGUCAGAACACCUUCCUUAAAUUGAAGUAAAUGUGAAAUUUAAGGUUUGCAUGGCUUGUGAUUUUAGUUUUGGUGCUGGAGAGUAAUUUUGUUUAUUGAUGUGUGUUUUGUGCAUCUUCAGAUGGCAUAACCAUUUAAAUCCCCAUAUAAAGAAAACAGCUUGGACAGAAGAUGAAGAUAGGAUUAUUUAUGAAGCCCACAUUACUAUGGGGAAUAAGUGGGCUGAGAUUGCAAAGCUCCUGCCAGGAAGGUGUGUAAUAGUUUCUUAUUUCUUAUUAUCACAAGAUAGCUUUUUACUGAACAGUAGUAAUGGGCUACUCAUUUCUGGAUAGAUCUGUUUUGUUUUGUUAAAUUCUAAGCCAGAGAAUUGUGGGAAUGUGAGCAGAUAGCAGAUGUCUCCAUUUUACUCAACAUUUCCAGUGAGGUCAAACUCUGGCAAGUAAUUGGUGAUCUUACUCUCACUCAAACCUUGAAGUGACGCCAACAGUAGACCACACCCUUUCCCCUGCUUCUUACAGACGAGUUUGCCUUGAGAAUUGACAUUGUGAAAAGAUCUAAAAUUAAUAAUUUUUUUGACACAAAUGAAAUCUAGAGUUCAUUUGGGGAUUAAAGAGUUAUUAAAAUACUUUCCUUUUGUAGAACUGACAAUUCAAUAAAGAACCACUGGAAUUCCACAAUGAGGAGAAAGGUUGAAAGUGCAGGCUAUGAUCAUUACAGGAGAGUUAGAUACCAUGCAGUGAGUGUUUUGUUGUUCUAGCUGUACUGUUGUCACACUCUUAAUAGAGACCUUUAGGUUCUAAGAUGAGGAGGACUAUAAGUAUGACAUUUUUUCGGUACUAAGUAGUGCCUGUACAUGAACAAGCAUCAUUUUGGCGGAAAAACAUGAUAGCAGUCGUCAUUCUACUACAAGUUUUAGUGAAAAUGUAGUUGGCGGAAACAAGUUAUCAAAUGUUAGAAGUUUUAUAACUCUGCGAACAGGAAAGGGCUUAACCUCAUUUUAUGAAGAUUACAGUGCUAACGUUUCUGGUGAAAAAGAUGUACAAUAAAGCUUUCCAUGGUGUCUUUUUUUUUAGAAUAUGCGAGAAAACUUUAAGGCAAAUCUCAUCCUCAGAUCUAAAGGUCUAGCUAAGUUACCGCUAGUCAUAAUUUGUUGAUUAUAAGUUAGUUGAACAUGAAUUCCUGAAAGGCUCCACUCACCUUGGUACUGAAGCCUCUUAUGAACAACAAAAAGAACUUGUAAACAGCAAGAUUGUUGGUGUAUUAACAAUGACAAUAUACAUGUAUCGAGUAAUAAUUUAAUUAUACAAAUGUACCGUAAAGCUCCCAUAGUAGCGACCCCCCAAAAGUAAAGUCAAAAGUUUCUUUACUUGUAAUAAAUCCUGAAAAUAGUGAGCCCUCGGAAAGAGCGAUCCCCCCCAAAAUAGCGACUCCCCAAAAGUAUCGAGACUAAGUUUUUUUAAUUACGUUAUAAACAUACCAAAUGCCUUUAUUGUUUUCCAGUUGCAAUCCAUAAUCAGAUUCUUAAUGUACAAUACUAAUAUGUACUAAUAUCUUGGUGUAUUUACAAAUCUAUCAUUAUGAGGCACUUUAAAACAAGGGAAACAUGGCGUGCCUGAAACUAUGUCAUCUGUUGUUGACGUCAGCUCAUAGAUUGCACAGUGUAAAAACUAAGCUGAUAUAAAGUUCAUAUCAACAACAGUAAUGUUUCUUCAAGUUAAAUUAAAAACUGAAACUUCUGUAUACUGCACUAUAAUUUUGAUUUCCUUUAUAUCAAUCGGCUGAUUCACCCAUUCGGUUAUCUGGCCGACCAUUGAUGUUGAUUUUGCAUGAUUUUGUUUAUGUUUCAUUUCGGGAAAGAGCUUGGAAAUAACGAACCCACGAGAGUAACGACACCCCAAAAGUAACGAGCCCCAAAGGCUGCUAAUAGGCCACUUGCACUAAGAGGUCAUCUGACCAAUGCUUCCUCUAAACAAUGAGUUGGAAUCUUGCUGAUGCCAAAACUCGACAUAGCACAUAAAAAUUAUCUUACACCCGAAAUUUGAGAUGGAACACAUUUAAAGGAGAUGUUUUAUGGCACCUUGAUGUUUCAACUAAGUAGUAUGAUUUGUGUUGGCCACCAUGUUGGAGGGCAUACUCUUGCCCUCCAACAUGGCGGCCAAAACUACGUUUUGCUUAUAUCUUGCUAAACAUUUGAUAUUUACGUUCAGACGUGCUGUAAACGUUACCACAUCAUCUUUUCAACAUUUUUCUCAAAGUUUAAGUGCAAAAUUUGUGUUCAGAAAAAAGAAAAAAGAGGCAAUUCAUUAUUUUUAAAAAUCACAUUUUGGUCACAUGACCAUCUACGAACUUACUCAUCUUAAGAAAAUGGUGCGGGUUUGAAAAACCAAAUCACUAUUAUUUUGUUUAAGAUAUGACCGACCAAUCAUUUUUCAAAGGCAAAAUCAUAUAACUUUCAUUUUCAUAAAAACAAUGUCACAUGAACAUCUCAGUGCAAAUGGCCUCCCAAAGUAACAGGGGUUGCUACUAUGGGAACUUAACUGUAUAUAUAAUGCAUUUUAACAGUCUGUUAAUGUAUUAUACUAUGGUAGCUGGCUUGAAAUUGUGCAACAACACUGUACAGACUGGAAGUUUUACUACAGCUCAAAGCCAAUAAAAAAAAUUAUUGAUGAAACUUUUUGUUGUGAAAGUUAGGAAUUUCACAGCUCUGUCUCGUGUUUACAUCUUGAAAUUAUCUUAGGUUGCAAAAUGUAGUGUUAACUUAAGUCUUGCAACAUUAAUGGACAGUGGAAUCUGUCUUUAUCCCUGUUUAUUUUAUUUUCUUCCAGUCUGAGAAGAGAUACAACAAGGGACACCUUCUUCCUGGAAAGAAAGGUAAUGUAGAUUACAAUAGAGUGAAACCCUGUUCUACAGACAGUUUCCUUUGUCCUGAUGAAAAGCUCAUAUGUGACCCUAUUUGGGAAAAGCGGGCUUACCGAAAAUUGCGUUGAGCCGUUUUUUAUCGCAACGCAUUUGGAAACGUUGGAAUGCAUUGGCGAACAUUCUUAAUGCAUUUGAAAGCGUUGGCAAUGUUCUCCAACGGAACUGAGAAACGUUCAGUAUCGUUUCAAAAUCAUUUCAAAACAUUUGGAAAACGUUUUCCAACGUUGAAAAUGCAUUAAAUGGAACAUCAUUAAUUCGUUGCAAUGGGAAACAUUCACCAAACAUUCUAACAUUGUCAACGACUGAGUUACAAAAGCUCUGAACUGUCAGGCAUCUCCUCGCUCCAUCAUUUGACAAUUUAAAGCCACGGUCAUAAAUAAAGUGAUAAAACAUUUAAAACUUCACGGCGUGAGAAAUGUUCGAUCCGAGGAAUCAAUAAAUUGUUCCAUUUUCAGUUUUUAAGUCUGUGUUAUUAAAGAGGGCAAAAAAGAGGGGAAUUAAAUUUGAAAGCACGCGUUGUCGAAAGUGUUAUAGGUCUGAAUUUAUUUUAUGCUGUUCUUUCAGUGUUACGGCGGUGUGCAUGCUUGUGACUACCUUGUUUGAUAGCUCCCUGUAAAAUUAACAGAUAUCAGAUGCUUGAUAUGGGUCGCUGAUUUUAAGACUAAAAUAUACCAAAUUUCUACCGGGGGAGUUGUACUAUUUACCGACUUUUCCUUCUUCCCGUGUUUACCGUUUUUUCGCUCGGGGACUCAACAAAUUCAACCAGUUCAGUCACAGAACGCCCUGGCAAAUGCUAGACAUUGUAUCCUUUAAAAGCGAAAACCUGAAAACGUGACAUUCUUCACAAAAAAUUCAUGGUUUUUAUCUGUACCAGUCAGCUGUUAUGAAGAUGUCAAAAUUUAUGAUCACGAAUAUUUUCUGAUCAAAGCUUGUUGCGUGACACUACUGUCAUCACGGCUCAAGGGUUCGGAAAGGUCAACGCGGUAAUGUUUUCCGUAUUACUGUUUUGAUUUUUAUGGUGUUUUUUUUUUUCACUGAUUCUUCAAUGGACUGCAUGGCUCGCAUGAAUCGCUGGCUCUCAUUUUAUACACGUACAGCACACUUUUUGGCAGAUUUCUUUGCCAUCAUCGCUCGAUUAACAUUGUCAAGCAAGCGCGCAAUGUGGUCGUCGCUUUUAAUCUCUAAAAUCUUCUGCUUGCGAUCGUCGCGACUUCAAUUUCGUCGGAAUUACUGAAGUACUAUUUUUCUCACCUUUGGUCUCGCUCUCUCCCAAUUUUUUCGUCUUGUAUCUUUUCCCCAAGGGAUUUUGGAGCCGGAACGGAUUAAUUUUGAAAGGGAUGUGAGAAUAAACCGACUGCAAGCAGUCUAGCACACCGCUGACAAAGGUAGAAAAGGGCAAAUAAUUGGCAACCCCCAAAUUCUGUCAGCUAGCUACAUACAAAAAGAAAUGCACGACCUCAACAGUCAGCCUUACAGUUUUAAGAAACUUCUCAAAAACUUCUCUCCUUUAUUUCCAGAUUUGAAAGUCCAAGAAAGUAAUUUCAUGCUUUUCUCAAUUACCUCUUGACAUGUUACAACCUGAAACAACAUCAAACACACACAAUGUCACAAAGAUCAAAGUUCUAUGCAAAUUGAUUUGAACUGAUCGAGCUCAAAAAGUAAAAGCCUUUGUUUUCCAUUGCGAGUUCAUGUCGUUAUUCCCGUUGAUAUUACUGUUAUAUGGAGGUAUCAUUACUGUUCCUGAAAAAAAGUUGUAUUUUCAAAGAACGUUCUCAAACGUAUCGAUGUCUAAUCAUUAUUAAUGAUAAUUUUUCCCAUCCUGGGUUGAACUUCAGGAGCUAAUUUUAUCGAUAAAAAAAAAACGUUUGGAAGCAUUGCCAAUGCAUUGAACAACAUUGGAAAAGCAUUUUAAAACGUUGAAAACAAUUGCCUGUGUUUGAAGGAAAACGUUGUAAAUGUGUUGAGAAUCAUUGGAAUCCGUUUUAAUGCAUUGUAACGCAUUCAAAAUGCGUUGAAAUGCUUUUCAACGCAAAUUUCAUUAAGCCCGGUUUUCCCAAAUAGGGUCACAUAUAUUUUCUCUAAAAAUAACCUGUUUAAUAGGGAAACCUAUUAAUAUGGAGAAGGCACACUUUUCCGUGUCCCAAGCAACAAACUUUCAUAAAAUUUAAUUGUCAUUCUCUCUUUAUGGACACUGGGUAUCUGCACACUGUCGUGUGCUAAUUGUCAACGUUGUACACAGUGGUGAAAUAGCAUGUGAUAUGUUUGAUUUUGAUCAGUCUGUCUUUAUUUUGGUGUUUGACUCUACUUCUGUGGCCCUUUCAUAAAGUUAUCUACCCAAUAUUACAUGUCUCACUUCCUUUGCUUUUUGCUUUAGUUAUAGCUCCUAUGUAUAUUUCUUUUAUUCAAUAUCAAAAAUAAUGUGUCCAUGACUGUUUUUUGUGAGAGCCAAUUAUUCAAUACGGACACAAUAGCAUGUCUCCUAUUGUCAGUUGUUUGAUCUUAUUGGUGUAUCAUUGAAUAUCUUGUAUUAAUUUUGUAGAUAAGAGAAGAAGAGAAGAUAUUGACUCACCAGAUAUGUUUAGUGACCUUUACUCUUCCUCUGCUGAUGAUCUUCCCUCUAUGGCUACCAGUCAGGCAGAAAGUACUUCAAGUUCUAGAAAAUACAGAAGUAGUUCAGUCCUCACCAACAUCAAAUCGAAGCCAGCCAAUCAGUCUGUAGUAAGAAAAACUGAAAGUGACGGGAAGUCAUCCUCAACUCAGGGGCUGAUGUCCCCCUUUAGAACAUUUAUUCUCUCUGAGGGAGACUCCCUUUUUGACUCAGAUCCAUCUGCUUGGGGUGAUAUAAGCUCAUUUGAUAAGAACACUGCUGCCGUAGUCAAAUCUAUACCUCUUUCCAAGCUGACAUCUCCAGGCACUACAGGUAAGCCUUAGACUGCGCAGGUUUUGAGGGAGCAAAUUAUUUGCUCUUUUUGGUAAAACUGUAAUUUUUAUUGUACUAUUUGUUAUUCACAGGAGGAUUAAAACCUUUUUUUUAAGAUUCUAACUGUCAGAGUGCCUAUUACAUGGCCACUGAAGUGUUGCUAUAUUGUUUUAGUAGUGAACAAGUAUGCAAGAGGACAGUAGAGGAGAGAAGACAUCAAAACUUGUGUGACAAGCACAACAGCUAUUGUUUGAAAAACAUUUCUGCCAAACUUUAUCUUCCUUUAAACAGAUCUUACAGUAAAGACCAGAAAACACAAUUGUCAAGUGAAGAUCACAACAGAACAAGCAUGACAUAGCGUUGUUACUUUUGCUGUCCCCUUCUUUCUGCUAUCCUGUCACAUAAGCUCACUUUUUCUGUUCUGCAACACCACAGACAACUUUACUGCAGUGAACUGUACAAUGAUAGAGAAUAAUAAUAAGGAUAAGAAUAGAACAGUGGUUGACGAGGCCUAAGAGAAACUAAAGCUCUACUGUUAAUCAGUAGACUUUCAAAAAAGUCCUUUGUCUGAUUUAAUAUGGUGUGGCACAAAGGACUUUUCAUACUUGAUUGGCACCUUCAGAGUAGCUCUUUUGGCUCCUUGGAGAUAAAGUUGUCACUCACAAGUAUUUAAGCACAUUUAAACAUCACUUUUGAUUGAAAUUGCGAAAGUGAUAAAAGAUGCUCUCACGGCCAUGGGAUAUUCAGAAUUGCGUGACUAUCAGAGAAAAACAUUCAAAACAUAUCUGUUGGGGAGAGAUGUUUUUGUGUCUGCUCCAACCGAAGCUGGGAAAAGUCUGACUUUUUAGCUAGCUCCAAACACUUUCAAUCAUAAUUUGGGGAGAAUUGCAAUGUCAUCACCUUGGUGAUUGUUCCGCUGAUUUCUCUUGAAGUCUUAAGAAAGAUGACACAUUUUUAAGGUGCAAAACGAUUGUUAUAAACUGUCACUAGAGAUCUGCUUUCCAAGUAUCAACUCAAGGUUAAAACAAGCUUUGGUUUUUUUUUCCGCCUGCCUGACGACUCACAAAUGUAACCUGAAACUCCAAAUUAAUGCAAGUCAAGCCACUCCUCAUUUUUGGUGCAAAAUGCAAAUAGAAACCCUUCAAGUAAGACAUGUAGACCUCUCACAACUUUGUCGCUUCCUCCCUUGCUUAGAAAUUCAUGAGGUUGACUUGUGGCAACUCUAGUUAAUCAGGUGACCCUCUCAAUUUCAACAGAACAAGUCGAAGUUAUAGUCAAACCUGUAUAAUAACAACCCUGUAUAUAGCAGUCACCUUGUAUAUUACAGUCACAGGACAACUUCCCAAAAUUUUCAGUUGCCUUAUAUUUUCUACUAACUUGACCUGUAUAGCAGUCACCUCACCAUUUCUCAAGGUAUGACAUGUCUAGCGGCAGAUACAAAGAUGUUUGUACCAAAGUACAAUUUGAGGCAAUUGUAAACGCAUAAGGAAAGUUCAUGGGUAGUUAUUUCAAAUUAAUACCUUAUAUGAUUAAGUGCAAAUCACUCCAACAAUCUCAGAAGGAGAACCUGGAAUAGAACUUUAGUAUCCAGGCCCCUACCCACUACAGCUGUGGGACAUAAUGCCAAAAUUCUGCAGAUGUUCUGUUAUUGUACUGUUGCUGCCCUUAAAAGGCGUUGCUUUUACACUUAUUUCUGUGGUGUUAGAGUGUCAAAGAGGGCAUAAACUGACACUUCCUCUGUGUAAACCUGUACAGUGUUCUCUUGAAGAUGUUGUACUUUUGCAUGGAGAGGAACAUCAUUUAUGCUCGUUUAAAACUGUUGAAAUGAGUUUUAGUUGCAGUGUAAUACUAGCCAUUAUCAUUAAUUUGUUCUGUCCUACCUGGUUAAGCCAUAAUGCUGAACAAUGACACUUGCAAUUGUUUCUUUUAGGGUACAGAUUUGAUGGCAAUUCUAUAGCAAGUCUUCAGACUGAUGGAGGGUGAGUGAAUUUUUAACAUUCAUUUCCAACACUUCAUUCACUUUCAAAUUGAAAACACACCAGGUUUUUUAAGCCUGGAAGUUUCAAGCGCACAUCUCAAGCCUUAACAGACACUAAGAUAGGGUAUUUUUCCAUGAGAAUGCACUUCAGAGUGAAGAAUAUAAUAAUUUUUAUUAUUUCAUUGACACUGUUGUACCAAGAUUAUUGUACAUGCAUGACAAAAUGUAUCAGUUAUUAUAAAAUACUUUGUGCUUAUUCCAUCUUCAGGUCUUUAAUUCCCAUAACAUCCCCAGUUAUGCAAACAAGGUUUAGCACACCUCCAACAAUACUGAGAAGAGGAAGAAAAAGAAAAGUAUCCUUUUGCUGAGUGAUACCAUUAAUUAUUUUCUUUAAUAAUUUUUGUCAGGAAUGCAGAGUAUGAGGUCACAAAAUUUUGCUAUGUUAUUAACACCCCCUCUGCCCCAAGCAGCCUGAAGUUCAGGGUUAUCAUUAAGAGCCGGGGGCGGGGGAUUUUCCCCAGCUACUAAGAGAGUGGCCCCCUGCUACUUUUAUUGGAAAAUAGAAGAAAAAUAGAACAGAAAGAAAUCCCUAGCCAUUUGAUUCCCUGCCUACUUGUUGUAUUUACCCAGCAACUUGAAAUCUUAGUGACAACCCUGUGAAGUUACAUGAAAGAAGUUACUUAACUCAGCAAAUUUCUGUAUUAGAAGAUGGUAUCAGGCUUUUACCAAGAAACUGAAAACUGGCCAUCCGAAAGGCAUGUUUUCCCAUAAAAUUAAAAGAGAUUAAGUGAAUUUUCCUUGUAUUUCUUCCAAAAAUGGGUGUCCAUAGGUCUGACAUCCCUGUUAGAUUGAAUACUUAAGACAGAUUUUUUCAGAUUUUUUUCCAACCAAUGAUUCAUACUAUUGGCAGGCUACUCUACUUAAGAGAGCUGCCUUCUUCAAAUGUCAUGAUAACCCCUGCAAAGAAAAAUGCAUUGAGAAAAGAAUUGCUAGUUUGUUGCAUGCAGGUCAAGUACAUUCGAGGUGUAAUUUUGCCUCUCUGUUACUGUCAAGCUUUCAAACUCUGUUUCAACUUUUACAGCAACAAUGUGACACGUUGAACAAAAUGAAUGGGUGCCUGGCAUCAAAACCCAAAGUGACUCUUGAUGUUUUGGUCAGUGGUUUUGUUUCACAAACUAACACGAAGCCAUCUGGAAGUUGUCAAUGCCUUAUUAUUUAAAAAAAAACAUCUUGUUGGGUUGUACGGAACAAUUGGAUGAUAGAUUUUUGUGAUGAGUAAGUAUUGUGAGAGUUACUGUUGAAAGAACAAGCUAAAAUUCAAGUUUUUCUUUACUUCUAUUUUUGUGUAAGGGGAAACAGUGGUAGUUAGUACGUAUGCGCAGUUAAACUCAUCGACAAGAUGAGCUUGGGAGCGGGUGCCUUAAAGGUGAAAGGACCUGUAGCGCAAAAGGGGAGCCUUGCGUUGGAGGUAGCCACCCAGCACAGUCACACUGAAGAAAAAUUCAGUGGAAUACUUACCACAACCCAUACUUACCUCUCCAGGGGGAGGGAGGAGUGGGAGCAAAACUGGCAGCUAUCACAAUUAGUUAAUACUAAUGAUCUGCAAUGAUCACAAAGCAAAGCAAAGCAAAGCUGAAAUAUGUCAACACAUGUUAGCCCUUGAAGAAUGCAAGGCCACCCCGCACAGGCCUGCAUGCCUGGGGCUCAACCGCUGACCUGCAAGCAUUGUCUCAAGGUUAACCUUGCCCAAAUUACAAUUUAGCCACAUUACUUCUUCUAUUCUCUGUUUAAAACUAUAACAUGAAUGUUACUCCUGUUGUAUAAGAGUACUGGUUGCUUGAUCUUAACACUAUUGCCUUCAGUCUGGUGACGUAGAUCCCAGUUGCUAUGCCAACACAGAAGCCUCUUUCGGCAGUCCAAAGGGCGCCACACCUAUCAAGUCUCUGCCGUUUUCACCUUCACAGUUUCUAAACUCUCCAGUACAUAACAGCAAAAUUCAGACCUCAACUCCAGCUAAUGGAAAAAGCCAAAGCAGUAUGGUUGACACGACUCUGCACACACCAGGUGUCUUAGAAACCAGCACCAAUGAGGACCCUUUCCGCACACCACGCAUCAGAAGGACAUUGUUGAGUGUGUCACCACGGACUCCAACACCAUUUAAGAAUGCCUUGAAGGUGUUAAAUGAAACAAAACUGGCCCAUGUAAGUUGUCUCAAGUAUCAUCUGUUUGUUAAUUCUCCCUACAGUAAGUGCCAUAUUUUAUCAGGUUAGGUUUCAUGAACUAUGGAAGUAUUAGAUGGUAGUCGGCAUACAGACUUCACCUGUGUACCUUAAGUUAGAUUUUAAACUUUCAAUAACAGUUGGGUAUCACACUGUAUAUUACACAAGCGGUGAGCACUGAGGCUGUGGGAUGUGAGAAAUGAUAUUGUCAGUUAGGAAAAUAACAUACUGCACUGGUUUAAACUGUAAUUCUGCAUCAUUCACAGCUAGUUUAUUGGAUUCCAUAAAACCUUUCAGUACUACUAAUUAAAAUAGCCCUGAUUAGUUAUCUUUUAGUUUUGUAUUUUUUCUUCUCAUAUUUUGCAAGUCGCAUGUUCCAUCCCUCAAACUGUGAAGAAAAAUAAAAGAAGCUGCUUACAGUCUGUUUCUGCAAUUUUAUGAGUGUAAUUUUAAUGCUUCUAUUUCCUUCUCAGACACCUGGCAAUUUUGAAGCAGAUUUUAAUGAAAUUAUCAAGAAAGAGGAGGAAGAAAGUGGACUGCACUUAUCCUCAAGUACAGAAAAAACCCCUCGUAGAGUAAGAACCUCACUGGAGGAAAAAUAUGCCAGGUUAAGUAAGACUGCCACAGAAGUCUCUUCAGUGCCUGUAUCCAUAAAAGAAGAGCAGUCAGAUGUAAAUGAGCAGCAAAAUUCCAUAAUAACUGUGGUAGGUGCAUUAAUUUGAUAAGGAUAAUGAUCACGGUGGAAAAAUUUUUUAUACAUCAAAAUCUCAAGGAUCUGGAAUCUUUAAACAGAAACGGUGGUUGUAAUCAGAGCACUUGGCAUAGUCAAAAAGGUCCAUCAAUAUUGAGGACCUACAGAAGAUCAGCCUAGCACAUGUAGGUACUGCCCACAUAAAAAAUUUUAAGAAAAGUGCUCUCUAAGUUUUAAGUAGACAACAACGCCCCCUAGCAGCUCCUAAGGAAACUGGUAGCUUCCCGGUGCUCUAGGUUGUUACUUUCGUUCUUUGCGACUGGUUGAAACAUAGAGGGCGAUGGGAAGAAAACUGACCCCAUAAGCUUAAAGCUCUAUCUUAUAUACAACUAUCUAGAUCCUUAACGUUCUCCAGACCAGUAUCCCUCAGUAGUGUGUUAAUAUAAUGUAGUUGUUGCUCUUCCUGUUUAAGCUCUCCCAUGUGUAGGCACCCAUGUUAUCAGCUGGAGAGUUCUCAUAACAUGUCCAGAAAUUGCAAUUAUUCGUUUCAUUCGUUUCAUGACUGGCAGGGCUGUUGCUAAAACUUCGAGUUGCCAGGUAUAUGCAAAUAGUGGGAGACUGAGUGGACAGGACUUUUUUCAAGCUCUUAUAAGGCACAUCAUGCACAACUAAUUUUGGGCGGUAAUCAAUUUUCUUCCCUUAUUCAAACUUUGUUUUCAGCUGUUUUAACUGUGUUAAAGUCCAAAUUUUAGAAAAAAAUUUUUUGCUACUAAUGAAGGUUACAUCCUCAUGCAUAAUCUGAUGUGCAAUUUUGUUUUCAGGAGGACUCUGGCAUUGUGCAGACAUCACUCUCAAGAUCACCAUCCCAGGAUUCUUCUCACAUCAAGCCUUCUGAAAUCUUUGGGAAGCAUGAUCCCUUUGCCACACCCAGUACCGUGCCAACUGAAACUGUAGUAAGUGGAAAUAAUGCAGCACAAACAACACGCAUUGAACCUUUCUUGUGCCCUAAUGCUGUGGAUAACAUGCAGGUGACUUGUGGCUCGAGUGUUUGCUUAAGACUAUAACAUGUCCCAAAGUAACGCUUUAAUGCCGUACAUACAUGUAGUUUGUUUGUUCUUGUAACCUCCAAAGUGGUGCAGUAACUUGUUACAUCUUAAAAUGUUAUUUCAUUGCCUUUGAGCAAUGCUUAUCACUAAAAUAGUUGUUUCAAAACAAUAACGAAUAUAGUAAAUUGCCGUGAUGUUCUAUACAGUAUAAAUAUUGCUGUAACUACCGGAGCCAUUUGAGAUAUGGAAAGUGGGGUGUUCAUUCUUGAAAACAGUAUUGGGAAUCAACUGAGAUUUCAUGAUUGAUCAUCGAAAAUAAUCAAAUUGACCCACCUGAUUGAUCUUUGAUUAUUAUUGGGGAAAAUCAUGUGUAUGAUUGGCCUGGAACACAGAUUUUUUCAGGGGGGGCUCAAAUUCUCUUUCUUCUUUAAUUUUGAGACCGUUGAAAGGACAUCAUAAAAGUUUUUUAAAUAUGCCUAUUUGCCAUUAAGAUUUUUUUCCCAUAAUUAUCACUUGAACAUUUUUGGUAAUUUAUUGAUUAUGAUGUCGUUUAAAGGUUUUGAUGGGUCUUGAUUAUCAUCAGUGAUUGAUCCACCACUACAACCUACUUAAAAAUAACCAUUUUUUGGUACCUCGUCCUUUCUGGCAUCAUUUGUGGUCCAAUAUAACCAGGCGUGCCCCUCCCCUCCCCUAGAUCGGCCAAGAGACAUGAAUGCUAUGUAUACGUAAGAGUGCUUUCCAUUUGUCAGAACUGGUUGGCCAGGCCAUUGCUUCUGUAAUGAGAAUUUCACUUUUCAUCGAGUGUCCAGUCAGAUCAGUCAAUUCCUUAAAAAUAUCCAUGGGGUUAAUGGCUGAUACUCUUAAAAAGAAAAGCCUAUUUCAUUUUCAAAAUCAAAGAGAGCCCCUAGUACAAAUCAUUCAAUCAGUUCCUUUUAACUGACACCUAAGAAAGCAGGCAUUUCUACCUAAAUGAUUAAGCACACAUUUCUAUGUUGGAAAAUUACAGUUAGCUGUCUUGACAUAUUGGUUUCAUUGAAAACAAAAGUCUUUUCUGGAAGCUAACAAGGGAUUAACACAUGGUUUGUUGCUGAUAAGUUUCUUUGAUGAUUUCUCUUUAGCGACACCGAAGAAAAGGACAUCCCAUGCGUCUGCUCCGAUUUCAGGAAACUCCACAGAAAUCAGCACCAAAGGUAAUAAAUAUUUAUUAACCCUCUCUCUCUCCCAGACAGAGUCAUGGUAUGAGUUGAGCUUAGGGUUGUCAGUAAGGGUGGCCAGGGGUCAUGGAUUUCCCCUGCUAUUAAAAGCAUAACUAACCCCUGGCUACUUUUAAUGGAGAGAAAGGAAACUUCUAAUUUGCUCAAUUCCCUACCUACCUAUCGCUCAUGACUGACAUCUUCAAGUUUUAGUGACAGCCCCAUGAGUUGACACUCUAACUUUUGACUCUGUGGACAAAACCCUAUGGUGUUUCCAUUCGAAUGAAACCUCUUUAGUAGUACUUUCACAUGGUUCGGAUGUAGGAUAUAGUUCUAACUUUUUGACUCUGUGGACAAAACCCUAUGGUGUUACGACCACCUCUCAUAACUGACCUCAACCCCUUUGGAUAAGGCCUUAGAAUUUUCCAUUGUUUUAUCCUGCUGUAAGGGACCACUUACCUUAAUGCAUUGUUUGAUCUCUAUUUUUGUUGUAUGUACUACACUUCUAAGAGAAGGUGAUGUACUUUGGGUGGCAGCAUAUCAUAAACUGCAUGUAAUGAAUUUUCUCCCAAAAUGAAAAUGUGCCUAGGUCUGUAUGAAGAGACCCUCUGUAGGUCGAUUCUCAUAAGCGACCACUGUUUAUUUCUAGGAAUUUUACAUAGAGAAAUUUGAAUUUUGGCCACUAUUUAGUAUUAGAAGUAAAUAGGGUUGCCGAGUGGGCAAGGGCCCAGGCAAGUCCUCUUGUAACUAAAUUUUCAUUAACUAACAGAAGUAGGCAAUGAUCACCGGAAGGCAAAAUCCAGGAGGAGCCUGUCCAAAGGAUAGUGAUCCAUCUACAGGGUUGUCAUCACCGGGGAUUUUCCCCAGCUACUAAGAGAGUGGCCCCCGGCUACUUUUAUUGGAAAAUGGAAGAGAAGUAGAACUAAAAGAAAUCCCUAGCCGUUUGAUUCCCCGCCUACCUAUUGUAUUUACCCAGCAACUUGAAAUCUUAGUGACAACCCUGCAUCUACCUUCUCGUUCUGCGUUUCCGAUGCAUAAAAUGUUUCAAAAGCCGCAUCAGUGAGUUCCAGGUGUGUCCAUCUGGACAAGCAAAAUUCAAGUGUUUUUUUUUUUAAGCUUCAUUAAAUUUUACACAAACUUAAAUUCCAGUCUUAACGGUUUAUAUGAUUUCAUUUUUUUGAUGGCACUAAGCUUUUUGCUUUACUUUUUGUGAGCUCUUACUUACACAUACAUGUAUCACUUUUAUGUCAGCAGCUUGACUCAAAAUGGGAACAAGUAGCUUGCGGCAAGACUCCAGAUCAGCAGCUGCUUACACGGCAAGCACAUCAGUUCCUUGCCAGCUACAGACCUGCAGCCCGUACUCUUCACUUCAGCACCACCACAACAGUCGCUUAA